AAGCCCGUGAACAUGCAAAUCAGCCGCUGCAGCGGGCGCGCGGUCCCGUCCCCCGCUCCUCGGGCGCGCGCUCCGGGCCAGGCCGCGCGCUCCCGGCAGCGCGAGCAAGAUGGAGGCGCCGAGAGCGGCCCCGUGACUGAGACUAAUACCGGAGCAGAAUGAGUGCGGAAGCAGCUGAUCGGGAGGCAGCAACCUCCAGCCGCCCCUCUACUCCACCCCAGACUAUCUGGUUUGAGUUUCUGUUAGAUGAAGGAUUGCUGGAAAAACACUUGCAGAAGUGUUAUCCAGCAGAUCCUUCACCAAUUCAGUUGAUCAUCCAGUUUUUGGAACAGGCCUCCAAGCCGUCAGUAAAUGAGCAGAACCAGGUCCACCCACCGUCUGACAACAAGAGGAACCGCACAUUGAAGCUUCUUGCUCUCAAGGUCGCUGCACACUUGAAAUGGGAUUUGGAAGUGUUGGAGAAAAGCUUGUCCGUGCCCGUGCUGAAUAUGCUGCUGAACGAGCUGCUUUGUAUCAGCAAGGUUCCUUCAGGUGUAAAGCAUGUUGAUCUCGACUUGUGCAGCCUGCCUCCAACCACCACCAUGGCUAUCCUCGUGUACAAUCGCUGGGCUGUGAGGACAACUGUUCAGAGUAGCUUUCCAGUGAAACAAUUAAAAGCUGGGCCUCCACAAUUAAACAUAAUGAGCCAGAUGCUGCAAGAAAAGGAAUUGACAGAUAACAUUUUAAAAGUGCUUAAGGAGCAGGCUGAAGACUCCAUUCUGGUUUUAGAGAGAGCGCUCCAGUUGACCACAGAUCUAUACGUACACACUAUGAAGACCCUGGACCAGAUAGUCGGAGAAUCUUGCCUAACAAAUGGCGACACAGAAAGCUCGACAGCCGGAUUACAAAUCAGUAUGGACGAAAUGCAUUGCCAGGUUUGCUACGAUCUGGGCACUGUGUUCUUCAGUCAAGGCUCUUCGAGUCCACCUAUCUACGAAAAAGCCAAGGAACACUUAUUCAAAACCAAUGAACUGCUCUCAAAGAUCGGAGCUGAACUCGUUCAUUGUCAGAUUGACCAGAAAAGAUUGGAUGGUUACUGCCAGGCCUGUGCAGUGCUAACAGACCCAUGCGAAGUAAAUGAACUGCAGCUAACAACAUAUGGCCGGGUUCAUCACUGUAUUAAAUCCAGCAACUAUCAGGGAUUAAUUGAGAUUUUUCUCAAUGACAACGUUACUUUAAGUUUGUUGUCCCACUUCAGACAGUCUGUCCUGAGAGACCUUUUUCAAAUGGCUCACAAUGGGGAUAAAGAUGUGCAAGAAGUUUGCUUUAAAGUCUGCAUAUGCAACACUAUUCGAGAUGUCCUCGAGCAACAAAUGAUUGGAGUAACGUUCCAUCAACUAAUGCUGAAGCCUACCAAAGAAAGAAUUGACUUCCUGCUGGAGGCAUGUACACGGUCACUAAACCUGGAUCAAACUUCAGAAGAGAUCAAAAGACACAUGGCUACUUUCUUAAAGAAUAUAUGCCAAAGUUUGGAUGAUCCUCAGUUUGUUUUCAUGAUUUCCUCACAUGAAUUGUGCACAAAGUUGCUGACGGACGAAGAGCGGAAACAGAUACUCGAUCAAAUGAGAAAGCGAUCACCUCGCGCUAAAUUGUCUGCCAAACCACUGACUGUCUUCUAUGACAUUCCAGCAUCGGCCAGUGUCAGCAUUGGCCAGUUGGAACACCAGCUCAUACUAACAGUUGAUUCGGGGAGAAUCAGACAGAUUCUGAUUGAGCUACACGGAAUGACGUCAGAUCGGCAAUUCUGGACUGUUUCAAACAAGUGGGAAGUACCAACGGUUUAUGGUGGUGUUAUUCUUGGUAUUAAGGAUAAUCUGACCAGGGAUUUGGUGUACAUACUAAUGGCUAAAGGUCUCCAUUGCAUUAUGAUCAAGGAUUUUGCCCACGCCAGGCAGCUCCAUUCUACGUGCCUGGAACUGGUUACAGAGUUUUCCCCAAAGCUUCGGCAGGUUAUGCUCAAUGAGAUGUUACUGCUGGACAUCAGUGCUCAUAAAGCCGGGACGGAGAGCGCGGGAGAGCGGCCGCCAGCUGAUCUCGUGAGCCGCGUUCGAGGUUACCUUGAGAUGAGACUACCAGUGUACCCAGGUGGUAAAAUGUCAUCGCGUCAUUCAGCCAUGCUAAGAGAAGACAUCCCAUUGCGACAAAUUUUAACAGAAGAGUGUGUUGCCUCUAUGCUGAACUGGAAGGAGAAUGAAUAUUUGUCUCUUCAAAUUCCUGCUCCGCUCAUUCAGAACAAUCCAUUUGUGAAGUUGGGACAACUUCUGGCUGCAACUUGCAAAGAGCUACCUGGCCCAAAGGAAAGCAGAAGAACUGCCAAAGACCUCUGGGACGUCGUUGUUCAGAUCUUUUGCUUGUCGAAUCAGCACAAGCGAAUCAAUGAUGGAAGAAUCAGUUUAAUAAAAUAUCGAGAAUCCACACUCGGGAUCAUGAGAAGGAGCGAACUAGUGACUUUCAUUAAAAGACUGAGUGAUCCAUUGAUUCUCACAAUACUGAUCUCCCUUUUCGUGAAGUUACACAAUAUCGUCCGGGAUGACAUUGUAAAUGAUGCCACUGCAGAGUAUAUGUCCAUUUGGCCGACAUCUGUCCCAAACUUGCAGUCGGUGGACGUUGAAGCUGUUGCCGUCACAAUGAAGGAGAUAGUCACUUAUUCAUUGAGCAUCAACUCCAAUAACCAUUAUUGGUUAACUACCCAAGCAGAUAUUUACUUUGCAACCAAUCAGUUUUCCGCUGCCCUGCACUUCUACAUACAAGCUGGUGCCAUUUGUUCGGACUUCUUCAAUAAGUGUGUUCCAUCUGACGUGUACACAGACAUGGUGCUGAAGAGAAUGAUUAAAUGUUGUUCGAUGUUAAAUUGCCACACACAAGUGGCGAUAUUGUGUCAGUUCCUCAAAGAGGUGGAUUACAUGACUGCUUUCAAGGCUCUACAAGAACAAAACAGUCAUGAUGCGAUGGAUUCUUAUUAUGAUUACAUCUGGGACAUCACAAUCUUGGAAUACCUGACGCAUAUCCAUCACAAAAGAGGGGAAACGGACAAACGACAAAUCGCAAUCAAAGCAAUUGGACAAUCAGAGCUGAACUCCAGCAACCCCGAAGAGGUCUUGCAACUAGCCGCUCAGAAGAGGCAAAAGAAGUUCCUGCAAGCAAUGGCAAAGCUUUACUUUUAACCUGGAGUAGAUGCAAAUCUUAAACGGACAUCUCUACAGAAACAUUUACUAAGAGCUGUUCAUGAACAGUUGUGUGACUGGCUCCAGUUUGAGACAUUGCUUUCUUGGCCAAAUUGAAGAAUGGUUUUAGCUACUUUUUGUUUCGUAAAUAUGAAAGUGAAAAACGCACAUUACAAUAUUGUCGUAACUUCUCAAAUUUAAUUUCACAGCACCUAAUCUUCAUUAGUACUAGUCUUAACACCCGGGCAUACAAAAGAUAUCCAACUAGUUCAUAGCUUACACUUUGAAUGUCCAUAUUUUCUUAGAUCAUUGGAAAAUGUAUUUUGUAUAGUUGCUCUGCUGUUUCUCAACAGCUAAUUUUUCUGUACAUUUUUUUACAAUGCUAUUUACAGUAAUACAUUAAAUGUGCGUUCUUUGGCAGUGA